GUAAAAAGGGAAGGAGUUGGCACUAGAUUCGACAUGGUGUUAGAUUGAUAACCAUCUAGUAGUUUGGUUUUAAAAAGACAUCUUCAUUUGAAGGUUGUGUGAGUCUCAGUACUUGAAACCCAACUCAGAUUCUUCCCUGAUGGCGUCCAGUAUCAGCAACUCCACCUCCCAGCAGGCCUCCGUGGCCUCCUUUUCUCUGCCCAUGACUGUGUCAGACCAGGUCAGUAUUGCCAUCCUGACCUUAGCCUUUGUGCUGGGCUUCCCCGGGAACCUGUUUGUGGUGUGGUCAGUGUUUUGCCGGGUGAAGAAGCGUUCGGUGACCUGUCUGUUGGUGUUGAACCUGGCAGUGGCGGAUACUUUCGUGCUGCUCAGCGCCCCUUUUUUCCUGCGUUUCCUGGCUGGACACCAGGGCUGGGAGUUUGGCUCAGCAGCAUGUAAGCUGGUGCAUUACCUUUGCAGCGUGAACAUGUACGUGUCCAUCUAUCUCAUCUGCCUGAUGAGCUUUGACCGCUGCCUGGCCACCACAAGGCCUUUCCUGUCCCAGAGAAUGAGGACCAAGCACUCCCUGCUGGGUUUCCUGCUGGGUGUCUGGGUGAUGGCAUUCAUCCUGUCACUGCCAAUGCCUUUCUAUCGCAGUAAUCUGAAGAUCCCACAAUACAACAAUACCUUUGUUUGCAUUCCAUACCACUGGAAAAGUGUGGGCCACCGGGUCUUCCAGUACCUGUUUGAGACCAUCAUGGGCUGCCUGGUGCCCUUCUCUGUCAUCAACAUCUGCUACUCCUCUGUCAUUUGCCGCCUGCAAAGCGCUAAGUUCCAGCGCAGAGAACAAGGAACCCGCCUGAUCCUGAUGAUCAUCUGUGCCUUUGCAGUAUUCUGGCUGCCCUAUCACAUUGUCAACAUCAUAGAGGUGGCCGGUCUGUUACAGGACAAUAUAUCAGUGGUCAGCGCUGCUCAGACAGCUCGUCGAAUUGUCACGCCCUUCGCCUACUUCAGCAGUGCUGUCAAUCCCAUUCUCUACGUGUUUGCUGGCAGCUCCCACAUCCGUCAGGCCGGCCUUGGCUUCAUGGCCAAGCUGUUUGAAGCCACCAACUCGGAGAGCAGGAGCACAUCUACCUUCAGCCACAGUGGCCGCAGCAGCUCCACACCGGAUGAGAGCUCUGUCCUGCACACGCUGUCAGUCAAAAUGGGGAGGUCUGUCAAAGGCAAGAACAAGGAGAGGAGCAGGAGUGUGGCGGGCAAAGAGGUCGAGAGUCUGCACAGUGUCGAGCAGCAACAGUAGCAUUUAAGUCAUUUCUUUAGUCUACCUUUCUAAACUGCUUACUUAGACACAGACUGUGUUGAUCCAUGAUUUUGUCAUUUGGAGCUUUUACAUCUAUGGGCCUUACACACUGAACUGAAAAUGGUUUCCUGUACAACAUUAGGAGAAGGAAUGGUAAAUCAUGAAGCUACAUUAACAAGAUAACAAGACAAGAAGAUAAUUAAUGAAUCAUUAUUAAUUGUUUGUAAUUUAAUAUGAUUUCAGCUCAUAUAUUUUUACAAGCCUAAAAAUAUUUGUAUAGCAGUGACUUUACAAAGUGUAUGUUAUAAUUUUAUCAUGUAUUUUAAGCAUUAUGGGCCCACGGUGGUUUCAAUGUAUAAACUAAUUAUUUACAUCUGUUUGCACUCUUUGUCUCUGGCCUAAAAUUAUUUUUGUCAGGAACUUUUUAAAAUAAUGCCUAUGGUUAUUUUCUUGUGGAUAACUACUAGUUUAUUUUGGCUGUUCUGUAUUUGUCAUAGGAGGCCCACACAAGUACUAUACUUCGAGUGCUAGGCUGUCUUGCAAAAUUAACUGUCUUUUGCACAGAUGUAUGAAAAGACCCAGUUACUCAUGCAGUACUCACAAGCAUGAACAGGACAUUGCAUAAGAAAGAUUUCACCAAAGCAUCCAUCCUUUCACUGUUUCAUAACACUUGACUGAAAUCUCCAGAAUAUAAAAAUCCAUGUUAUUGUUAAUCUUUUUGCAGAUCAAUGCAACUUUCCUCACACAAACCGAUAAGUGACAGAGGAUGGACAGUGUGAGCUCUUGGCAGGAUAGUGUCCUGUAGACACAACUGUACAGCUUGAUGACAAAAUGCCUGUCAAAGAUGACACUUCUCCAUCAUUCAUGUCUUUUUUUCUUGUCAUGUGUGGCAAGCUGAUUUUUUCCCCCUUCCUUCCUGACUCUUUUGACUGUUGUUGCCACUGGUUUCCGUUAUUUUUUAGAGAACCAUAGGUGUUAGAUUUGACUUGUG